AUGGGAGUGCGGUUCCAGCCCCAGUGCGAGGCAAACCCCGUCGCUCAACGUCCCCGAUCUGUUGCACCACACUUUACAAUCAAAGUAUACGAAUUGCUGAAGAAACGUUUGGAAACCGGGCUCAUCGAUCAUUCGGAAUCAUCACCCAUUGUGAUUGUCCUUAACAAAAAUGGUUUUGAUAUUCGAAUGUGUGUCGACUACUGA